UGGUGGCUGGGACGAGAGCAAUACUCCUAAUCUGGAUAAAAGCAGAUGGAACUUCACCAAUCCAUUGCUUGAGUUGAUACGAAAACCAACAAUCUUAAUCUGGAUAAAAGCACAUCCAGGUGCUGUUAAGAGCAAUCCAUUCGUCUGA